AUGUUCAAGAAUAAUUAUCAGGGUGGAGCUGUGGUUGAGAUCUUCAGUGGACAAGGAAAAGACCCUGUAGCAAAAUGGAAACUUUGUGGAGGACCGUCAGCCAUACAUAAAGAAUAUAAUAAAGAAAUCAAAGGAUUUGUUUACUGUCUGGAGGGUAGCAGCCAGACAGUUAAGAUGCAAAUGCCAGAGAAUGGAAAAAUGUCUCUUGGGCUUCUACAAAGAUUCUUGGUCCUUCAAGUGAAAAUUCCUCAGUUCAAAGAUUUUUCCAUUGAGCUUGUGAUUACUGAUUUAGGGCACCUGAAAAGAAGACUGUACUUAUCAACAGUGCAUAAAGAGUUAUCUGCCACACUUUGGCAUGCAAAAAUACCUCUCGUAGGAUUGAAACGCAAUAUUUGGUCUACUAUGUGCAUCGACCUUGUAUCUUUCACUGGCGAACUGUUCAAGGACACAAGCUUUUUGACACUGGAUGGCAUCACUUUAUUUGCCACCUGCAAAGUCCGGAGAAUCUUCACUAUGAAAACAGAGCCUACAGAAAAGUCAGAUGACGAUGUAUUUCUCAGUGGAGCUGGUCUCAUAGACUUGAUCCCUCGUAGUUGCCAGUUUCCAGCAGAUGUAAACCAUGUGACUCAGGUGUUGAACAUGGAGAAUUUACAGAAGGCAGAUAUGAGGAGCGAACAUGUGAACCCUGACUGUGUUCCUGAUCAGUCUACAACUGCCAGAUCAGCUACUUAUCGAAAAACAAGGCUCCAGGGUCUCCUACACACAGCCUCAGGCUCCAGAGGUUCAGGACCACCUCCUCAAACUGGAAGAAAAAGCAGUGCAGCCUCAGAUGAAAUGGAUAGAAGUGUAUUCUGUAUCCAGAAUGUGGGAUCUCUGGUGAGUAAAAUACGCCAAAAUGUUACUGGAGAAGGUCAGAGCAUUGCUAUUCUGACUGGGAAAUUAUCAAAUGAAGAAUCUUCCCAUCUUCCUCAUGAGGGAAUACCUGGCAGUUUACAGCCCCAUCCCCCAAAAGAGAGAGUGUUUGGCAAGCAGGGACCUAAGAAGCUACGGGUCUACAGUGCUGGAGGAGAGAGGCUAGUAUCACCAGAUGCUGUGUCUGGUGGCCACAGUAAGAGAACUAAGACCAGAGAGAAGCUGCCGCCAAGCAGACAAGAGAGCAGCCAACAACCUUUGACCCAAACAGGAAAGACAGAGCAUGUAGCAGCAGAUGAGUGUUGCUUCAGUACACUAAUGAAAAGUUCCAGAGACGCUGACACACCAGCAGAGACGCUCUCCUGCUCAAUCCGGCCAGGUUUGUCUUCUGACCUGCAGGUCUGGAGUAGCUGGGAGAGUAAUGAAGGGUCCGAGCCCCAGCUCACUCUGCCAGAAGUGGUGUUCACUUUCUCAUCCCAACCUCACUCACCCAAACGAGGGCAAGUCCAGGGUGACCAGGAGAAGAUGGAGAUGGGAGAUAAUCAGGUUCAGUGCAAAAGUGUGAGGCGGUACGAGGCCCAACCUGAGGAUGACUUUAUCGGCAGUGAAAGUGAUGAGGAUAAGAACUCUGCCACAUUCCAGCAUCAAAGAAUGAUUGUCGACCCCAAUCCUGAUACUCCCACAUCUCCUGAUCUAACUUUGGAUGUGCAACCUGAAUACCAUAACAUGGACCAAAUGUCUCCAAAAGAGCUUAGUCCAGUUACCACCAAUAUGCAUUAUCAGCUUCCAUCCAGCAGGACAGCGGAACCUGCUGGGAUGGUCCCCAAACGUUGCCUCUCACCCAGUGAUCGUAGACAGGACCACAAGUGUGGCCCACUUGGACCAGAAGUAGUGAGUCAGGUUCUGGAUGGGACCAGCAGUGUAUCACUAUCCAGGAGACUCCUGCAAGAAAUCAAAUUGGAUAACUCACAGCACAAGAUGAAAGAAGACAAGACAUUGAAGCCUGUUGAUUCCAGUGCUUGUGCCUUACGUCUGGUCAGCAGCAGUGUACAAAUGCAUGGGGAUGAUGAUGAUGAGGAGCUCCGAAUGCUGGCAAGUCUAAAAAGGGAGCAGGAGGAGGAUGAGUGUAGAGCCUCAGGAUUCAGUGCAUCACAGAUCCACCAGUGUAAUGUCAGCAUCAGCAUAAGCAGCGAUGAUACCUCUACCUGGACCCACAUCUCAAUGCCAUCUAAUCAGGGUCACCAUUAUCAGAAGGAAAUGAACCCCCUCCUGUGCUCGAACCCCAGGGAGUGGAUGGAUGUGCUCAGCCCUCCCAUUAUGCCUCCCAGCCAGCAGAGAAGGUCAGACAACACAGGGAACCAUUGUGAAGGUCUAAUCGGAGGAGGAGAUGAGUCAUCGAAUGAAGAGGAGAAUGAGUAUUUAAAUCUGCUCUAUGAUCCGUGCCUGAACUGCUAUUUCGAUCCAAAGACGGGGAAGUACUAUGAACUAGCUUGA